GGAGGAGGGGGCCAGGCCCUCAGAGCACGUCAGGCCAGCAGCACAUUGUCCAAGUGAAGGCUAGCAAACACAACACAAACACAAAUGCACCACCUCUCAACUAAUCUAUUUCUCUUUUCAUAAAUUAAAAGCUCACGUCCCCCCUUCGUGAUACGGUCCCCGAAGAGGGAGAGAGAAGGAGAAGAUAAUGCCUUCUUCUUCUGCCCUCUCCACCUCAGUGUUCUUGGGUAUCAUCUCUCUCGUGCUUGCUCUGCUGGCCCAACGCUCCCCAUUUAUGAUGGCGUCCACCCCAGCCUCCUCCUCGUCCAAGCCGUGGGCAGACGGCCCCAUGAAGCUUGUGGGCACGCCCAUCCACGAGACCAACAAGACCGACAUCUUCUCGACCGGUGCGAGUCACAUGGCCCUGCUGCACAACUCCAUCUUCAGAGGCUACAACAGCAUCUACCUCCAGGCACCCCACGUCCAGGACGCGGAUAAGGCCGAUUUCGUGGGCUACUGCCUGACCUGGUUCAAGUUUGUCAAGUCACACCAUGACGACGAGGAAGAGACCCUCUUCACCAAGGUCGAGGAGCUGUUGGGUGACACGUCCGUCUUUGAGGAGACGCACAAGGAGCACCAAUCCUUCAUGGCCGGCCUCGUCGAGUUCAACACCUACCUAACCUCCCUCCCCACUCCACAAGCCCUCGACGGAGCCAAGCUCCUCGCCAUCAUGGACUCCUUCUCCCAGCCCUUCGAGACCCACUUCCACAACGAGAUCGCCACCAUCGCCCGCCUCGCCGACCACCCCGCCGCCCCGAAGCCCGACACCCCUGAGGCCGCCGAGGCGAGCCUCACCUUCAAGAGCUGGGGCAAGUCCACCGUCACCAAGGCCGGCACCACCGACGUCGUGCCCUUCUUCCUCCUCAACCUUGACCGGACCCCGCUGUUCGAGGACGGCCGCUGGGCCUCCUGGCCGCCUAUCCCGGCGCCGAUCAAGUGGGGCCUGAUCAAUGUCGGCGGCUGGUUCAAGGGUGGGUACUGGAAGUUUGCCAGCUGUGAUUCCGCUGGGAACAGGAGGGAGCUCUAUGCGCUGCCGGACGGCGCCAAGGCGUAGAUGGGAUGGCCUCGGGACUGGGACGCCGGAUACCGGGGGUGUUUGCGAUUGUGGAAAGGGGCGUUUUGGGACCAGGCCGGUAUUGGUAUCAAAGGAGCGAGUGGGAUUGUAAUGUGCAAUAUCUCUGUCCCUGAAACUAUGAAUGAAUGAAUGAUUGAAUGACUCCAC